AUGACAGAAUACCAGGAAUCGACCUCCAUCACGUUUGAAUGGACCGUAAAGGGUCUUAAGAACCUUUUUGACUCUAGUCGUGGCGACAACAAGAGCAGAGUCACGCGUUCUGUACGAUUUGGAGGAGGAAAGUGGCAAAUCUUGUUUUAUGCAAACUCGGGCGAUGGAAAUUUCGUGAGCUUGUACUUGAACUGUGAGGUGCGGCUGCAACGCUUCCAACCGGCGUGGCUGAAAUGGGCUAACGGCGACACUCCGAUGCAGCCUACGCUUGAGGAAAAGGAGGGGGCGCCAAACGGAAAAUGGGUUCGAGAGGGCCAGUUCAAGUUUAGCUUUGAGCUGCGAAACUCUAGCAAGUCAAUCCUCUUCAACAUGAAAGAAGCAUGCGACCACGUCUUCUCGUACAAGACCCAAAACUGGGGCUGGGCACAGUUUGCCAAACGGGAUGCCGUCUACUAUGGUGCCUCGUCCGUUCGGCAAUCCGACAGCUUCGUAAUCACUUGCACUAUUACGUCUUCUCCAAGUGUACCUGUAAACCCCUCGAAGAUUCGCAAACGGGCCGUGCCACUUGCCAUGCUGGAUGUGGUCGGCAGCCUGCUGGACGACCCUACCUAUUCGGACAUUGAGUUUGUCUUUCCCAACAAGCGCGUUGCGGAUAGUCGUGCAGGACGGAAUGAAUGCCAGAGAAUUUGGGCUUGCAAGAAGCUUCUUAACCGUGCGGACUAUUUCAAUUCGAUGUUCAAUUCUGGCUUUAUGGAGAAUAGCUCGGAACCUGUCCCUCAACCCAACCGGAGCCAGUCACAGGACGAGAGCUUUUCUCCUCAACACCACCUCAUGGAGGAUUCCGACUUGGAAGAUGAAGCUGCAGAGGCCGAAACAACGUCGCUUGUGGGCGAUGAGGAAAAUGAGGCCAUGGCAGAAGUGGAAGAGUUUGCGACACCCUCUGAUGAACAAAACAGCCAGCUACCCGCUGGGGACACGCCAAAUGUAACGAGACGAUCCGAUGAUUCCGAGGAGAUGGAAGAUGUCCAGGGUAGUGGCGACGCCACGGCGGACGAAGGACAAGGAGCCACAUCUGGGCAGAGCAACAGAAUUGGAAAUUCGUCUUUGGUUCAGAGCGAGCAUUCAAAUGACACGUUCAACUCUUCGCAAAUGGGCAACUCGAGGCAGGAUGUCACACUCGGUCCACCUAAAAGCCGUGUCGUUGUUCGCGACGUUGCGUAUUCCACUUAUCGUGCCGUCCUUUAUUAUCUUUAUACCGACAGUAUCAUUUUUGCUCCUUUGGCGUCUAGCUUCCUCCACAAAACAAAGAAACAUGCUCGCACAUCAAGUCAACGGGCCAACGCGGAUCCCCCUUCUGAUACUCCUCGAGAUGGUGAAGAGUCGAUGAGCAGCAUCCGGCCGGGGCUCAGUCGACGUGCGACGCAGCCGCUCACUCAGAUGGGCGAAGGGACAACAAAUGGUGUCUCACUUUCCAGUUCGACGACGAGAGCACAAUGGAUCAAGGCUUGGGAGUACGAGAAUCCGGGUCGGCCGCUGCCUUGUUCUGCCAAGGCUGUUUAUCGCCUUGCGGACAAACUUGAUCUCGCCGAACUCAAGGAGCGUGCUCGAGAGCACAUUAUCAAGUCGCUUACAGUAGCAAACGUUCCCCACGAAGUGUUUUCGUCGUUUUCUGCGGCGUUUGAAGAUAUUCGCAAGGUUCAGAUGGACUAUUUCCUUGCAAACUGGGGAGAAAUUCGCGGGUCAGAGGCAAUGAGUGGUGUAUGGCAGCAGAUUAGGAAUGGCCGACAUCCGGGCUUUGAAGAGGUGUGGCCGUUGAUCGCGUCGAACUUGGAGUAUAGGGCAUCUUCAGAAGGCACAGUUGGAGAUGAGCGAGAUGUAAUGCCUACGGAAUAG